UGGGCACGCAGCGCCUCAUGAAUAUGCAAUGAGGCCGGGGCCGCGGCCCGUGUCCUGCGGGCCGGGCGGGCUGUUGGCGGCGGGGCGCGGGCCGCAAGAUGGCGACCGCCAUGUACCUGGAGCACUACCUGGACAGCAUCGAGAACCUGCCGUGCGAGCUGCAGCGCAACUUCCAGCUGAUGAGGGAGCUGGACCAGAGGACGGAAGAUAAAAAAGCCGAAAUCGACCGCCUGGCAGCGGAAUACAUCGAGUCUGUGAAGAACAUGUCAGCCGAGCAGCGAGUGGAGCACCUGAGGAGGAUCCAGAGCGCGUACAGCAAGUGCAAGGAGUACAGCGACGACAAGGUGCAGCUGGCCAUGCAGACCUACGAGAUGGUGGAUAAGCACAUCCGCCGGCUGGAUGCGGACUUGGCGCGGUUUGAAGCGGAUCUGAAGGAUAAACUGGAGGGCAGUGACUUUGAAAGCUCUGGAUCACGAAACCUGAAAAAGGGAAAAAGUCAGAAAGACAAAAGAAGCUCUCGUGGUCGAGGCAAGCGAACAUCUGAAGAGGACACACCAAAGAAAAAGAAGCUGAAAGGAGGCUCCGAGUUUGCUGACACCAUCCUGUCAGUGCAUCCCUCAGAUGUCCUGGACAUGCCUGUGGACCCCAACGAACCCACCUACUGCUUGUGUCACCAGGUGUCCUACGGGGAGAUGAUUGGCUGUGACAACCCAGACUGCCCGAUUGAGUGGUUCCACUUUGCUUGUGUGGACCUCACCACCAAACCAAAAGGGAAAUGGUUUUGUCCACGUUGUGUUCAGGAAAAAAAGAAAAGCAAGAAGUAAAGGGGAAUAACCUCCUCUGAGGCGAGAAGAGUUUUAAUAUAUUCCUUCCUUCAUGUUGCAAUAUCAUCUUUGAUUUUGAUUGUGAUUUUAAAAGCUGCCCUCCUCCCAUUUCUGAUACGCUAUUUAAUUACCCAGCGGCCAGUUGUAAUUCCUGUUCUUUUGUAAGAAAGUGACUUUGGGAAGGGAGGAAUUUGCCACAGGGAUUUUAUUUAUGUUACUCUGGCACUGCACUGACAUCAGUGUUACUCCGAAGUGCUAGAACAGCCCAUAGUCUGCUUGUGUUUUAGGAGUCUGUUAAACCCUGAGAGGCACUGCAGGACAUUGAGAUACCCAGCCUUCGGUGUGAUGCUGCCUUCGGUGUGAUGCUACCAUCGCUGAAGUCAUUCAGACCUGGAGCUUAGCAUGGCAGGAAAAGCAAUUCUCUCUCGUGCAGCCUACAGGAAAGGAUUAUCUCCAUUGCUCUGGUGUGAUGCCCCUUUGUUGUGCAGUUUUGUAGUACAGAGAGGAUCGAAAAAGCUGAUUAGCUGCUCCCAGUGGCUGUUUCCUCAGAGCCAAAUGCUGUGCUUAGUAUUGGCAGGAUGAGUACGGGAGAGAGAGAGAGAGAAGACCAUCCUUAGUAUCUUCUCCUUUGGGGGAAUUUAUUCUGUCUAACUUUACACUGCCAUUCUUUUACUUGGUUUUGCUCAUAUCCACAGCCUCAACAGAAGCAAGCUGUGGCUUUUAACCUCCUCGUGUCUUCUGGAACAAAACCUUUAAAUAUCAAAGGGGUUUUCCUGCAGUGCUGACAGUAGUACUGAGAGAGCAAGUUACCUUUCCUGUCAGUUUUUGUUGCUUUAAAAAUGAACUUUAAGUGUGUUACUGUGAAGUUGAUACCCAGAGUAUUGUGGCAGGGGGUCCGAUUUAUCCAUGCAGUAAGAUGAAGGCUUGAUGUUCUUAUAUCUCAAGCUUUAAGGGGAGAUUCUGUUAGAGCAGUGUGUACAUGCCAGUGAUGAUGCAGCAAAGCUGAAGGGCGGCUGUGUGGUAGCGUGGUGGCAGUUUGGUUCUUGGGUAGCUUUUGCUAUGAAAAAGUGCCAUUAGAGAAGGCAACGCAGCAGGAAUGUCUUUAAGUCACUGCUUGUCUUUUUUGAGGGGCAACAUUGCCUGUUCUUGACUUCUUGAAGCUGCCUUUCAGGUCUCGAAUGUGAAUGUUUGCUGUCAUCACAGCGGUUGCUGCAGCAAAAGGAUAAGUAGGAAAUCAUGAAUAGGAAAACAAAACUCUGUUCUAUUAGGGUUGUUUUUUUUCUCCUUCCAGAGUUAAUAGUGGAUGCAGAAGUCGGGGGAAGAACAGAUAACUGUUGUCUUUAGGCAUCCCCUGUAUUAUGAGGCUUAACUGCCUACAACAGAGACAUUGUGGGUAAAGGCAGAAACCCAUUCAGCAGAAUGGAGCAGGGUCUGUGAGCUUGUGAUGGCUGUUAAUGGCAUCUGCACAUUGCUCUGCAUGCCAGCUCUUGAUACAGGCCGUUGGAAGGGCUUCCAGAUAAGCACUUUCUUCUGCUUUAAAAACAACCUGACUAAACAGUACAGAAGGGAAGAAAAAGAAACCCAAAACAAAUCAAAUCUGACUUCAGCACCAGCUCCCAAAAGAAAAACGUUUUUCCUUGCCUUGCCCUGGCCACAUCGUUUGUGUUUGGCCAGGAAGGAAAGUAGAACUCAGCUCAUGGCAGUUCUGCCUUCCUGCUUUGCUCUGUUGUAGCUGCUGCAGGUACAUUCAGAUUGUCGCAAAGAAACCUUUUGGUACUGAUUUCUGUGAACCCUCGGAUGUAUUUGCUGCACAGAAAACCUGCCUGCAGGGUCCUUUUGUUGGAAGGGUGACAUCCAUCUUUGCUGCAUCGCAUCACUCCGCGUUGUAUAUGAAGUUUCUGUAGUUAAUGUUUACAGGACGAUGCAUGUUUGUCGUCGCUGCCCUGAAACUACACAGACAAGUUUGAAACAGCUGGUGGGAAGGGAGAGGGAAAGCACAACCUCCCAGAGCUGGGCUUAGAAAUACAGCCAGCCUUCUCCUUCUUCCUGCCUCUGUUUUGAGAGUAAAUGUAGUUGCGAUACCUCAUGAGCCAGCCUGUAAUUCAGUACCAGCAGUAAGCCUGUACCUCACUGACCUGCUACACUGGAUUCCUUCUAAGGGUGACUGUCCUGAAGGCUGCGAUGCUGUCCCAAGUUCUGUUUUCUCCUUCCGUCCAGUGCUAUUGUAAAGGUUUCCCCCUUGUCUCCCAAGGCUUUAGCAGUGCACGGUAUCACCGUAAAUCAAGCAUUGGAUUUGAAAAGGAAUCCAAACUUAGAUUGUGCCUCUUGGGAGACCUUGCUGGGAAUGUGCAGGUAUGGAGAUGCACGGUCAGUGCCACACUGACUGCCUUAUGCUUAGGAAAGAUGGUCAGGUGGGACAGCAAGAUGUACUUUGUAUGUGUUUUCUUGGGCUCAGAUGCUUUCUAUUUUAACCAGCAAAGCAAAAAAGAACCAACCAACCCAACACUGUAGAAGUUGGUAUCAAUCCUCCAAAGGGAAAGAAGCUCCAGCAGGCGCCAGGAUCAGCGCGUGGUGCAGAGCCUGGUUGUUCAUACAGCGUAACACCGCCAGUGUGUCCUCAGAACCCACACCAGCAAUAAACCCAGCCUGCAUCCACGCUGGGGGACACACAGCCUUCACUUCUGGUGGCGAGAAAAAGAGUCAUCAAAUCUUUCUCCUGCAUAUUGAAUGUAAAGUGUUAAACAGGCCCCGAUGGAGAAGGAUGGACGGACUGGUGACCACUGUCAGUGCACCACAGUGCUGGGUGGUGUCCGGCUUUACUCCAGCUCAGCCAAACGGGAGGUGAAACGGCGUCAACCCUUGUUUUAUAAAGGAAUUUGGUCUACGUUCCCUUUGGAAAUGGAAGAGGAUAGAAAUCUUUUUAUCAAACAAACAAAACAAACAAAAAAAAAGAAUGUAAAGUUAAAGAUAAUAAUAAUAAUAAAUGUAUAUCUGUAUUUUUUUGGAUCACGUUAUAGAUGAUGGAUAUAUUGAUAUAAAUAAAGUAUUUUUGGGAAUCGA